AUAAUUUUUUUUAUUGUAGGAAAUAUCUUCAUGAAAAUUUUACAAAAUACUGCAAAGAAGAUAUGGAUGGAUUAGAUUAACAAAAAAUAAUAAAAUUCAUCAUUUCUGUAUUAGAAAAGAAGAAGAAAAUUGAUAUUCAAAAUAUAACUGGACAUUUUUCACAAUUGGGCCUACAGUAUUCUUUAAAAGGAAAACUAAAUAAAUGUGAAGCUGUUAUUAAAAUAUCCAAGUAUAUUCCUUAUAAAUGAAAAUGAAUGGUGGAAUUGAGGAAUACAAAAUCUCAAAAUAACUUACUCAAAACUGUUUUUAAAAACAUGGAAAUAAAUGAAGAAAAUAAUUACAAUGAAAUAUUAAAUAAUGUUAAAGGUAAAAUAAUUCAUAUAAAUGGUCAAUUUGGUUUUAUUGAAUUGUGUCAAUUUGCUGGUACUACUGUAUAUUUCGACAAGGGCUCAUUUGAAAAUGGUGUUGAAUUAAAUCUUGAUAAAGUAGCAAAAGUUGGUGAUAUCGUAACUGUUAAAGCAAAGAGAACUGAAGGCCACAAAGCUAAAUAUCGAGCAAUCAAAGUAUGGAAAGAGAAAUCUUAUCCUUUACAUCAUUGGGCAUCAAGUUCUAGUAUUACCUCUAUAUCUUCUCAAGAAUCCAGGGGAACUGAAACCAUUAAAGGUAUUGGCCAUAUUGUCAAACUUUUUCCUACUUAUGGCUAUAUUAGAAGUUUAAAUAGAAAAAAUAAGAUAUUUUUUCAUAAAGAUAAAGUAGUUAGUUCUAGUAGUGAAACCAUAAAUUUAUUAAGUGAUAUUUUUAAAAUUAAUGAUAUUGUUCAUUUUGAUGCUAUUCCAUCAAGAUUAAAUACUACAGAAAUCUUGCAUGAAGCAACUAAAGUGUGGACAACAACAGUUGAAGAUUAUGUUAAUGAAACAGAAAAUGAUUUUGCCAGUGAAAGCAGUACAUCUACUCAAGAUUGUGCAAUAGUUUCUUUUGAUGACGAUGAUGAUGAUGAUGAUCAUAUUUUCAAUGAAACUGGAAAAAUUUUUUUCUCUGAACAAGAUAAUUGUAUUGCAAAAAUAAAAUUUGAAAAUAAAGAAAUUAUUAUUUCAUCAGAUGUUUCUUUUUAUAAUAAUGAAGAAUUAGAUGAUCUUGUAUGGGCAUUAGAUGAAGGAGAUGAAGUGCAAUUUGAUGCUGAAUUUCAGGCUGACAUGUGGAAAGCAUUAAUAGUUUGGAAAGGAAAUAAGCCAGAGGAAUUUAUCAAACAAAAGAAAUCAAAAAAAUCAUUUAAAGAAUGUAAUAAUGUAUUAGACAAAAGUAAGGUGUCUGACUAUAAUCUUCAGAAAAUUAAUUCAUUUGCAAUAAGGAAUCCAAAUAAUCCAAAAUCUACUUAUGCCAGUAAAUUAAGUAAGUUGGACAGUUUGUCAACUAAUAAAACAAACACAAAGACAGAAAAGUAUUCAAAAAGUAAAAACAGUUUUCGUAAAGUAGAUCAUGGUUGGAAUGAAGACACAUUUGAUAUACAGAAUGAAGAAUGGCCUGAUUUAAAUACUAAAUCAAAACUGAAUUAUGAUAAAAAUAAUAAGGAAUGUAAGAAAACAGAAAUAAACGAUUUUAUUAGUAAUGAUUUAAAAUACAGUAACAAGUUAAACAUGCCCAAAAACCAAACUGAAACAUCAGUUUUUCUUGAGAACAUAAGUGUUAAUGAUAAACAAUACUACUGCUUUGAUGAUAAUCUUGAUGACAGUAAUAUUGAAAUUUCAGAAUGUGAAAAAUCUGUUGUGAAAAAAAUCCAUAUGAAUGGUCAAUUUGAAACUUUUCAAAAUGAGGUUGGUAAAAUAAAAUAUUUAACAAAAGAAUAUGGAUUUUUAAAUUGUGAUAAAUUUACAGAAGAAAAACCUUUCUACUGGGAAGAUGCUUAUUAUGAUGGAUUGUGUAUAAGUGAACAUUUUUCUGGAUUAAAUGAAAUAUUUGAGGAAUUUGAACAGUUACAUUUCAAUUACUUACGUUACACUGAUGAAAAUCAAAAAGUAUGGGAAAGGAUAACUUUAGUUUGGAAAGGAAAUAAACCUGAGCAUUUUACAGAAAUUACACCAGAACAAUUUUUAGAACUUAUGGGUAUAUAUAGUCCUACCAAAACUUAUUCUGUAGAAACUGAAGAUAUAAAUUCCAUAUCAAAAUGUGCAACAAGUAGUAAAAAUUCUAAUCCGUACGAGAAUAGUUUUGCAGCAAAUACUGUUGAUAUAACAAAAGAAGUUGCAUUCACAAAAGAAGUAAAAGAUUUUAAUACCAGAGAAAAUAAAGAUGAAAGCUGCUAUUCAAAUUACCAGGUUAAUGAUGGUAUUGAACCGGCAGUUUUGGAAACUCUGAAAGACUUAACUAAAUUAUUAGUCUCGUCGAAUCAAACGUCGGAAAUAAAAGAAAUAGAUUGCGAAAGAGAGAGAUUUCGGAACGGAACUUUCACAGACCACAAACAAACGAGCAAUACAAAAUUACAAACGAAAACUUGUGAUGUUGGAACACAAACCUUUAUCACUGGCAAAGUUUUGUCGUUUGAAAUAUUUCCUUUUUAAUAUAAAAUUUUAAAAUGUUGCAAAAAUUUAUUUGUUGAUUUAAAUAAAUAAAUAAAUAUAUAUAUAUAUAGUGGGGAGGAGGGUAUUAUGGAAUACCAUUUACAUUUCUAAAAAUAACUUUACUGAUUUUUGAAUAAAAAUCCCAAAAUCAUCAUGAGUAAAUACUAUAACUAAUUGUAAUGAACUGCCACUUGUAAAAAAAAUAAUACUUAUUUUGUUGUUAUAAAAAAAUAUAUUUAAAAAAAGUCACAAAUGGAGGGUAAUAUGGAAUAGUCGGGUAAUAUGAAAUAGAGGGUUUAAACCAUUGAAAAACUAAUUAUACUUCAUAAAACAUAGUUAUUUUUAACUAUAAAAACCAUAUUUUUAAGAUUAUGUGAAUGUCAUUUCUGUUUCGAGUCUAUUUACAAAAGUCAUAGAUAUAAUUUUCUUUGCUCCGGUACAAUCAAGGUGAGCCCAUAGAGAACAGCUGAAGCAUUGAAUCCAAAUUUUCCCUCGUUCAUCUUCGGAGAAUUUUCUGUUACAGAAGAUACAUUCAGCGUCUUCGUUUUCUGGUUCUUUAGUUGAUGGCAUGAAGUCCAUUACAGAUGAUACAACAGAAUGAAACGAUUCACCGCUGCUAAUGCUGGAGUCAUCUCUAGUAAGUUUAGGUCUAGAAGGUCGGUCUAAGUUUAAUUUCUUAACAGGUGGUCUUUGAAUGUUUGGUUUCUUUUGUUGUUUUGAAGCUUCUAGUUCCUUCUUUUUGGCUUUUUCUUUCAGUUUAUCCAUUUAUCCUAGUAUUCCAUAAUACCCGACACGUCAUCUUGGAAAAUGAACCGUUAAACUGAUAGACAAAACAUUGUUAGCUAAAAAACGACUACAAUAUAACAAACUACAAUUCUUUUAGUGUACAUUAUGCUUAACAUCGAUGUUCAAGUCACAUGUGUACUAGUAGGUUAAAAUGUUUGAAAACUUGCCUGCAAAAACUCUUGAAAAUCACAAAACACACUUUGUUCUGUAGCGAGUGGUACGACAACAACAAGCAGUCAACUCUCACUGCAUUGCAGCGUGGGAGUCUUUCUUGAGUAGUUCAUGGUAUUCUCACAUAAUAGCAGCAACAGAGCUGAAACCUCGGUAUUCCAUAUUAGCCACCUCUCCUCUAUACAGUAUAUAUAAAAUAUAUAUUACAAUACAAACACUUUAAUAUAUAAAAUCUAUAUUUUAAAUAAUAAAGCAAAACAGCAAUACACACAACGGAAUGAUAUAUAUAAUAUGACGAUUUUUAGUCUCUGUAAUCCAAAAAUA